AUGCUUAAAGCGCUCAUUGUCACCUUCCUAUCCUUUGCCCUGUUUCAAUUGGCCCAGGCGGCCUCGGUCAACAUCAGAAGUCCGCGACCCAAUGCUGUGUACGAAGCUGGCGAAACGGUCGAGAUCAAAUGGAAACUUGCAGAUGGCGCCUCAGUUGAUAAGGUCAUGAUUGCCCUGGCUUCUGGCCCCGCACAGGCCUUGCUCAUCGACGAAGUUAUCGCCCCCAGCGUCGAUGCAAAGAACGGUACCUACAAGUGGAAGAUCCCCAAAAACAUCAAGCCAAACUCUCAGUAG